GUCGACGAACCGUGACAGUGAAUCAUUCAUUCGACUUCUCCCAAUCCCAAAACAGCCUCCGCCGCCGCGACUUCGCACUUACUCCACCGCCUUUUGCUGCCGCCGCUGAUCAUCAACUUAGCGGAAGACAGGUAAACUAGUGAAUUAACCGUGUGAAAGCCAUGGGAAGAGCCAAGAAGGGGCCGAAGUUCGCGGUGAUGAAGAAGAUGGUCACCUCGAAGGCAAUUAAGCAAUACAAGGAGGAGGUUCUGAACCCGAAUAGGAAGGACCUUUCCAAAGAGCAACUUCCUAGAAACGUGCCGAAGGUGUCUUCAUCGCUUUAUUUUACGCACAACACAGCUUUGGGGCCGCCAUACCGGGUUCUGGUGGAUACCAACUUCAUCAAUUUCUCGAUUCAAAACAAAUUGGAUUUGGAAAAGGCAAUGAUGGACUGCCUCUAUGCAAAAUGCACACCUUGCAUCACUGAUUGUGUAAUGGCUGAGCUUGAGAAGCUAGGCCAGAAGUACCGUGUGGCUUUGAGGAUUGCUAAAGAUCCACGUUUUGAGAGGCUGCCCUGCAUUCACAAAGGAACAUAUGCUGAUGACUGCAUUGUAUCCAGGGUCUCUCAGCACAAGUGCUACAUUGUUGCAACUUGUGAUCGGGAUUUGAAGCGGAGGAUACGCAAGGUCCCUGGUGUCCCAAUAAUGUACAUCACUCAACAUAGAUAUUCAAUUGAGCGUAUGCCUGAAGCGACAAUAGGCGGUGCUCCAAGAUUCUGAUAAUGUGGAGAUCCAGAUCGCUGUGGCCAUGCGAGAAGAAAAGAAGAAGAUUUUUGUCAGUCUUAGAAACUAAAGUGUUCAAGAAGGAAUUUGUGUUGUAUGAUCAAUCGUCAGUAGGAUUCUGGCGCGCUCUUAAGAUAUCUACUUGCUGCAAUGACUUCUUUCUUGUAAACUAUAUGCAGAGCCUAUAGCUUGCCGUCUUUGAUGUGUUAGUUGAAUGAGAGUUGAAAGUCUUCUGUGUUCCCAUUUGCACUUGCACUUAAGUUAUCUAUCGUUAGUAUCCGCUUUCUACUUCUACAGAAAGGGGUUAUGUAAUCCAACCAGCCUUUAUAAUAGAGGUGGCAAUUGGAUCAGAUUCGUGGAUUGGAUUGGUGGAUCCAUGGAUCAAAUGGAUUGGAUCCAAUGGAUUGGUGGAUUCAUGGAUUGAAUCAAAUGGAUUGGUGGAUUGAUCCAUGAAUCCAAAUGACAUCCAAGACUUGGACCAAAAUGUAAAUUUUGAAAAGUUAAGGUACUAAAAUGUCAUAAUGAAAAAUUUUAGGUACC